AUAGACGGACGGAGACCACCUUGCAACUCUUCCUCUCAUCCGGUCUUCAUGUGAUUUCUCUUUCUUGUCCUAUAGAAUCACUCCUUUUUUCUUUUAGACGACCAUAAUUCUGCAACAUUACUGAGUGAAAAAAUGAAAAGGACGUGAUCCAAGUGCACAACAGAACAAAUGGCGAUGCUAGAGAGGGAGAGGGACGUGGGUUGGUGGACAUUUCUGUAGAUGGUCGUUUCAUUCUUCUAAAAGCUCAAGCAUACCUGCCUGUGAAAAGUGGAGAAGCAACAGAAGCAGAAUUGGCACCAUCCUCUUCCCCUUCUUCAUUGUUGUUGAUCAGUUGUUUUGAAGCAUAAGAACAGAGAAGCUGAAGUGGCACCAUCCUCUUCCUCUUCUUUAUUGUUGUUUAUCAAUUGUAGAGAGAGCGAGAGAGAACUUUGAUCAGCAGGGAAGCAAUCAGGAAAUCAUUCACCAUGCUCUGUGUUGGUCGACUUUUCACAUGCAUCGGACCUUCUUACUCCUCUUCCCCUCCCCAUUCUUCCCCUUGUCUAUCUGAACUUCUGCGUAUUAAACAUCCGUCCCCUUCUCCUGUUCGAUGGCGACUGAGCAGGGCCGCCAUGGAUGCUGCUGACUCCUCCUCCUUUCCGGCCAGCCCUUUGCAGGCGGAACCUGAUGCCGUCGACAAAAGCUCGGGCAGUUUUUGUAUCAUAGAAGGGCCGGAAACGGUACAAGAUUUUGCAAAAUUGGAGUUGCAGGAACUUCAAGACAAUAUCCGGAGCCGGCGGAACAAAAUCUUUCUACACAUGGAGGAGGUCCGUAGGUUAAGGAUCCAACAAAGGAUUAAAAGUGCUGAGCUUGGUAUCUUCAAUGACAAGCCUGAAAAUGAACUUCCCAAUUUUCCAUCAUUUAUACCCUUUCUGCCUCCACUGACACCGGCGAACUUGAGGGUCUACUAUGCUACUUGUUUUACUCUCAUUGGUGGCAUCAUCCUUUUUGGUGGCCUACUUGCUCCAACUCUUGAGCUUAAACUGGGACUAGGAGGUACAUCAUAUGAAGAUUUUAUUCGCAGCAUGCAUUUACCCCUUCAAUUGAGUCAGGUUGAUCCCAUAGUGGCAUCAUUCUCAGGGGGAGCUGUUGGUGUUAUUUCAGCUUUGAUGGUUGUUGAAGUCAACAAUGUCAAACAGCAAGAGCACAAGAGAUGCAAAUACUGUCUUGGAACAGGAUAUUUGGCUUGUGCUCGCUGUUCAAACACAGGAACUAUUCCAAUUGAACCAAUUGUAAUGGCUCAAGGUUCUGAUCAACCUUUACCACUGCCUAAGACACAACGGUGUAAAAACUGUUUAGGUGCUGGAAAGGUUAUGUGUCCAACUUGCCUUUGCACCGGAAUGGCUAUGGCCAGUGAACAUGAUCCAAGAAUCGAUCCAUUUGAUUAAUGAUGUUGCUGAAUAAUCUUAUCACCUGAUUCUGGUAGCCAUUGUGGGGAAAUUUUGUACUGCAGCCUAACUGCAAAGUGAAGGAUACAAAAUAGAAAAUAAUACUGGUUAUGUAGUUAUUCAAACAUAAUUGGCCCUUGUAUCAUUGAUGACAUAUAGAGAAAGAAUUGCCUAUGAUUGUAAUUCUCUCAUAUUGAAUGAUGCCAAUAUGUUACCAUUAUGUUACACAAAUCAAUAAAAAAGAUUUGAGUAAA